UUUUUCCAAAUAUUCCUGGAGAAUUUGUUCUCUGCUUUGUUUAUAGUCAUCACUAAUAGUACUAUAGUAGUAUAAGACGUCUCAAAUUCUCCUCCAUCAGUACUGAAAAAAUUCAAAUUUCUUUUCUUUUUCAUCCUUGAAAUGAAUUCAAUGACCAGCUACAAACAGUUUGAAGUUCAAUUUGAAGAACCAAACCCCAAAAAAUGGUGUGUUCUAUUAAAAGAAGAUGUGUUUGUAACAUUGAUGAACAAGGGGAAUUUUAUAACACAUAAAGUUCUAUGUGAAGGUUCACUGUUUAGUCCAUUAUUGUUUGGGAAAUUUUUUGAUCCUUCAGAUGCAUUUCCACUUUGGGAAUUUGAUUCAGAUGUGUUAUUGUCCAAUGCUCGAAGCUCUAAUAAUCAGUGCACAGUUGAUUGGGCUCAAACUGACACAGAUUAUGUAUUGAGAGCAGAAAUACCAGGAGUUGGUAAAGCUGGCAUUCGUGUUUCCGUUGAGGAUGGGAAAGUUUUAGAGGUCAGUGGGCAGUUGAGGCUAAAAAUAGAGACCGGGACGAAGGACUGGAGAGCUGGAAACUGGUGGGAACACGGCUGUGUUCGGAGGAUUGAACUGCCUGAAAAUGCAGACUGGAAGAAAACAGAGGCAUUCUUGAGUGGUGAUCACAAAUUCUUAGAAGUUAAAAUUCCAAAGAUCCCUCCAAAUAUUAGUGAUGUACCUUGAAGGAGCAAUUAAGGGGGAAAAUAAAGACUCUGAGAUUGCCUAACAGAGAUGUAUAAAAUGUAAUCAAUAUUUUGUAUGACA